AUUCUGUAAAGAAGAAGAACAUAACUAAAGGACAAAUGGUUAAAUUUUCCGUCAAAGCAGCUGGGUUCGUGUUAAUCGUAACACAGUUUCUUCAUGGCACAAAAGCUGAUGAACUUCUAUGUGAGGAGGAUAAGGAUGUUAAUUUACCCCAUGAAACAGAGUGUCAGCUGUAUUAUGACUGCUCCUCCACGAGAGCCCCAGAAUUCGCCACCAGUGAAAGAUACCUCCGCGAAUGCAAAUACCCCCAGCUGUUCUCUACAAAAACAUUCAGGUGUGAGGACUUUGAGAAUGUACAAUGUGGAAGUAGGAUAGAGCGGAAACAAGCAUGUGAGUACCAAGCCAACCUGUGCAAUGGACCAAACUGUGGUGGCUCCUGUAUAAUACAAUAUCCUAGCUGUGCAGAAAAAACAGACGGAGUCCAUCCACAUGGAUCUAAAUUAGGAAGUCCCUGGAAGAUGGAAUGCUACAAAGAAAGACUGAUGAGAACUUUUCUUCCGAAUUCUUUCCAAGGAUGAACUAAAUGAACACGUUAGAUUAGUGCUCAAAAUUACAAUUUUUUUUCUUUCUUACAAAACAAUAUCGCACCAUAUUUUUAAAAAUGCUUGGGUAAUAAAUAAAUUCGAAAUA